AUGGAAGGAGUGGACACGUUUCUGGUUUUGCUGUCUCUGUCUUUAUCGGUUUUCUCCGUUUUAGGAGAACUACCGAAGUCUAGAUUUGAAUAUAAGUACAGUUUCAAAGGGCCACAUCUGGUGCAAAAAGAUAAAAGCGUGCCUUUCUGGCAGUAUGGCGGCGAUGCCAUGGCUGGAGAUGAGGGCAUUCGGAUUACUCCAUCACUGCGGAGCAAAAAGGGUUGGGUGUGGACAAAAAAUGUAUUCGAGAGUGAACACUGGCAGAUUGAUGUUGUGGUCAGAGUUCAAGGUCGCGGACGAAUUGGAGCUGACGGAAUGGCAGUGUGGUUCACAGAGACACCUGGAACAGAAGGACCGGUGUUUGGUAGCAACGAUAACUGGAAAGGACUAGGAAUAUUCCUCGAUUCCUUUGAUAAUGACGUUCAGCAUAACAACCCAUAUAUAAUGGCGGUUGUCAAUGAUGGAACUCAGUCCUUUGACCAUACCAAUGACGGUGUGACCCAGCAGUUGGGAGGCUGUUUACGAGACUUCCGUAACAAGCCGUUUCCGAUCCGACUGAGAGUGACGUACUACAAGCAGGCUCUAGAGGUUUAUAUCAACAAUGGGUUGAAUCAGAACAAGGACGAUUUCGAACUGUGUAUGAGAGCGGAGAACAUCAUCUUGUCGAAAACUGGAUACUUCGGAGUGAGCGCCGCCACUGGAGCUCUCGCUGAUGAUCACGAUGUUCAGGCUUUUAUCACUCAUUCGCUGCUGCCACCUGGUGAGAAAGGAGCAGAGAUGUCAGAAGAAGAGCGAGUUAAAUUUGAGAAAGAAUUUGAAGACUAUUACAAACAACUUGAACAAGCUAAAGAAGAAUUUCAGAAACAGCAUCCUGACAGGAAGCCUGAUCCAUAUGAAAUUCCUGAUGACAAAUAUUUUGAGGGCCAGAACGAGAGAGAACUGAAGCAGAUUUUUGAGGGACAGAACAUGAUCCACAACGUGAUACGAGACUUAAACCGGAAGCUAGAUGAACUGCUGGGCCGACAGGAAAUCGUUCUCUCCAAAGUGACGAGCUUCACUCAGGGGGGCCAGGUCGUGCAGCAAGGAGGGCAGCAACAACAGGGCCAGCCUUUGAUGUUAGAUACAAUAAAAAGACACGAAGUGGAAAGAGUUUUAAAUAAUCAACAGGAAGUCAUGCAGCAAGUUAGAGAUAUACGGCAUGUUAUUGACGAUGUUCAACAGAAAGCUACAAUGAUACACAAUUCAGGAGUACAGGGGGGUGGAGGGGGAGGGGCAGGGGCAGGCAACCCCCUAGUCUUCCAUGAGCUCAAGGAUGGCCUUAAAAACGUUAGAAACGAUAUUUCACAGCUGCUGUCCAGACCCAUGUCUGGGCAGGUUCAAUGUCCGCCAGUGACAGGACAAUCGUGUAUAACUCCCGUUUUGUUUAUAGUCGCUGUUGCAGCUCAAGUUAUACUUACAAUAGGAUAUAUGGUGUAUAGACAAAACAAAGAAGCACAAGCCAAAAAGUUUUAUUAGUCAUUUUGAAGAAAUACUUACCUGAAGUCAUCUCCAACACAGGGCAUCAUGGGAAGGGGGAUACGUCUCUCGUUGGCGGGUUCCUCUCAGCAUUUCCAUAACAACGGAAUGAAGUCAUUUUGUUUAUCAUUACGUGCAGCUGAUCACAAUCAAAUCAUUUUAUAUAUAAAGUCGCGACUGGAGAAAAGAAACAUACAGUUUAGAAGGAAAAUAAACUCAGGGUUUGGGCAUCCAUGUUGUAUAUAUUUUUUAAAACAAUAUUAAUUCAAAUAAAUGAAGUGGAUUGGCAAACAGGUGAUACGCCUAUAUAAAUACCUCUCCAUGAGAUGAUGUUACAUACUGUAAACAUUUCAAUAUAUAUAUAUAUAUAUAUAUAUAUACAGUAGAAUCUUGUUGGGUUGAACUUGGAAGGGUCAAAUACACUACAAUGCUCAAACCAAAAAUGAAGUCCGUAGUUACACAUACAUGAUGUUGACUGAAUGGUUGUAUCUAUAUCUAUAUAUAUAUAUAUAUAUAUAUAUAU